AUGGAACCUAGACUUGAUGAAUACCACCAGCUUGGAACACAGCCAGUGAUGCAGGACCAUCUGGAUGGCUUACAUACCAGUAGAAGACCAGUUGACCUAAUUACAUCAGAAGUUAAACCUGUACUUAAUUACUCCAUACAAACAGGUGAAGAAUUUGCUCUUGAAUUUAUGAGAGAUAGGGUGAAUAUCAGGAAGCCUGUAUUAUCAAAUGUCAGUGAUUCAAAUUAUACCCCAGGUUAUAUGGAACUAAAAGGCAUUUUAGGCAUCAGUCAUGCUGGAUCUGAAAGUGGAUCUGAUAUUUCUAUGCUCUCAAUGGCUGACAAAUAUCCAAAAGAAUUUGAUAGAACUAAUACAUCAUUACCUGGAGACAGAAGCAACUAUGGAUCUAUUCUGUCAAUGCCAAGAACUUCAUUGAAUCAGGACAAUAGACAAUUUGUGCCUGGGUAUGGCUCUUUUGGAGUUUAUGAUAGAUCAAUGAUUAUGAAGUUUCUUUGCAGCUUUGGUGGUAGAAUAUUGCCACGACCAUGUGAUGGAAAGCUAAGGUAUGUUGGAGGCCAAACGCGUAUUCUUCGAAUAAGAAAGGACAUAUCUUGGCAGGAGCUCAUGCAGAAAGCAUUACAAAUCUAUAAUCAGGUGUAUGCAAUCAAGUAUCAGCUUCCUGGGGAGGAUCUUGAUGCUUUGGUGUCUGUGUCAUCUGAUGAGGAUUUGCAGAAUAUGAUGGAGGAAUUUAAUCAUCUACAUGAUAGGGAAGGAUCACAAAAGCUUAGGAUGUUUUUCUUCUCAAUUAGUGAUUUGGAGGAUACUAAGUUUGGUCUCAGCAGUAUGGGUGAUGAUUCUGAGAUUCAGUAUGUUGUUGCUGUUAAUGGCAUGGACUUGGGAUCAAGAAAAAAUGCCAUGAUUGGUGUCAGCUUUUCUGCAAAUGACAUAAAUGAAUUGGAUGGGCAAAAUAUUGACAGGGAGACUGAUAGAGUUGGUGUAGAAUCUAUUGUACAAGGCAAUGCUCCCCCAACUAACAAUUUUGACACAUCACUAGCUUCUCAGUCUUCAACACCAGUGCUACCAACUUCCUCAAAUUCGUAUGAAAAGUAUCCACAGUUUUAUGGUGAUCAAAUGAUGCGCCAUGGGGAACUUAGUGAUCAGUAUCUUAUUAAUCAUGGCCUUAAUCCUUCUCAUAAACCUGUUUUUGAGACUCCUAUAAUUAUGCCUCCUCAUACCCUUGUUAAUCAACAAGGGAUUAUGAAUGAAGGCCUUCCGCCUCGAGGAGUACAAGUACAAAAUUCAGAAAUACCAGCAACAUUUGUAAACAAGCUGGUUAAUAGUUCAAUUCCACAAGGAAGUGACCCUGGGAAAGUUUUGGCCUCAGAAUUACCAUUAGCAGCUCCUACUCAACUGCUGAAUGGUUACAUGAAAAAUAGUUUUCCUGAAACAUCUGUUGUAGUUACUGCACCAGAGGGGUAUUUAUUGCAUCCGGCAAAAAUGGACAAGCUCCAAGAUCACGAAGAGACUUCUUCUACAUCUAGCAGUGCAUUUGGUCCUACUUAUGUUGAUUCCAACACCAAUGCAUCUGACUUGAGUUCUCUUCAUCCUCCUCCUCUUCCUAAAAGAGUUUACUAUUCAGAGAGAAUUCCACGGGAACAAGUAGAUUUGCUGAACCGAUCUUCAAAAUCUGAUGAUACACACAACUCUCAGUUUCAUGUUUCUGAUUUACUCUCUGACGUCAACCCACCGGAUUCAUUUACAGAAUCUGGUGACAAGUUGUAUGAUGGGAAUCUUCCUAAUCUAAAUGAAGAAUCAGGCAUCAAUGAAAAUCCGUUGCAUGGUGAUGUCUAUUCUGUUGAUAAUGGGGUUGUCCUUAAUCAAAUAUACAAACAGCUGCCUGAUGCAAGCACUCAAAUCAAACCAAAGCUACCUGAGCAUGUGAAUCCUGAGAUGAAGCAGAUGUUAUCAGACAAUGAAGGACAUACAUUAAAUAAGGAUAAUGUUAUUGGGUUGGAAAUGGAAAUUUAUAGUAACAAUAUCUAUAGCAAACCAAAUGAGACAAAAUCCAGUGAAGCUGACAUGCCAAAUUUGCACCAGGUUUCUUCUCGUAAGCACCUUAACGAUCCUGCAUCCAAUCUUCCAGAAGUUGAUUGGGGUGAUAUCUCUGUGAAGGAGUCUAAUGACAAUAUUAAUGUGCAAGUACCUGUAUCUUUAAAUGGGAAUAUAGAUGAUUCUGAAGAAUUUCCUUCAGAUGUUUCCAAAUCAGCGCAAGGUGACAUACUUAUUGAUAUUAAUGAUCGAUUCCCCCGUGAAUUUUUCACUGAUAUAUUCUCUAAAGCAGUACUCGAAGAAGACCCCUCUACUUUGCAUCCAUUAAUCUCAGAUGGAGUGGGCUUAAGUGUAAACAUGGAAAAUCAUGAACCUAAACGAUGGUCAUAUUUUCAAAAACUGGCUCAAGAAGGGAUAGAUAAUGUGUCUCUUAUUGACCAAGAUCAUCUUGGUUUUUCACCUGUGGUGGGAAAAAUGGUUGGAGAUGAUAGGGCUCAACAUGUUACUCCUUUAACAACUGAUGAUGUUUCUCUGAACCAUGCAGAGUCCCACCUUGAUUUUGUCGAAAAUACAGGAGACUUGCAUGGGAAGCUUGGAGCAGAUACGAAAUCUAACUAUGAUCAUUCCCAAGCAAAUGAAAAGAAAAGUAUGCAAUUUGAUGUUAUGACCGACAACAUAAGAGCUCAAGAGUCAGAAUACGAGGCUGGGGUGUUUGAAAAAAGGCAUAGCAAUUUACCUCCUCUUGAUCCUUCUUUGGGAGAGUUUGAUCCAAAUUCUCUGCAGGUCAUAAUGAAUGACGAUCUUGAAGAACUGAAGGAACUGGGUUCUGGUACCUUUGGGACUGUAUAUCAUGGAAAAUGGCGAGGAACAGAUGUUGCCAUCAAAAGAAUAAAGAAAAUUUGCUUCACUGGUCGAUCAUCUGAGCAAGAGAGACUGACUGUAGAAUUCUGGAGGGAAGCAGAUAUUCUUUCAAAACUUCAUCAUCCAAAUGUGGUGGCAUUUUAUGGUGUAGUGCAAGAUGGACCAGGAGGAACAAUGGCUACUGUUACAGAGUACAUGGUGGAUGGUUCUCUUAGGCAUGCAUUGCUUCGCAAGGAUAGGCAUCUUGAUCGUCGCAAGAGACUGAUAAUUGCAAUGGACGCAGCUUUUGGAAUGGAAUAUUUACACUCAAAAAAUAUUGUACACUUUGACUUAAAAUGUGACAAUUUGUUGGUGAACUUGAAAGAUCCAAUGCGGCCUAUAUGCAAGGUUGGGGAUUUUGGCUUGUCAAAAAUUAAAAGAAAUACCUUGGUUUCUGGCGGUGUGCGGGGGACUCUUCCUUGGAUGGCACCAGAGCUUCUGAAUGGUAGCAGCAACAAGGUCUCUGAAAAGGUUGAUGUGUUCUCCUUUGGCAUUGUAUUAUGGGAGAUUCUAACUGGUGAGGAGCCAUAUGCCAAUAUGCACUAUGGUGCAAUCAUAGAAGAUGAAAAUGAGGAGAAAUCCCAGGGGUUUAUUUACACCCAUGACUCGGGGCAGUACCACUAA